AUGAUCUGCGCACGGGCAAAACCCAAGCCUCUGCAACAGCUAAUGGGUAAUCUGCCCCCUGUUCGGGUCAACCAAGCUUACCCGUUUCAGAACGUUGGCAUCGAUUUAGCUGGUCCAAUUUUCGUACGUACAUCACUGAGAAACAAACGUACUCCGUUCUUCAAAGCGUACAUCACGGUCUAUGUGUGUAUGGCUACCAAAGCGGUCCAUUUGGAUCUAGUAACAGAUUUAACUACCGCAGCAUUCAUUGCUAGUCUGCGAAGGUUUGUCAGUCGCCGCGGAAAGCCUGCUCAUAUAUAUUGCGACAAUGCUACGAACUUUGUAGGCGCACAACGAGAACUGGGAGAACUCCGGAAACUUUUCCGCAGUGAGCAACACCAGAAUGCAGUUGCUAAUGAGUGUUCAGACGAAGGAUUUCAUUUUCACUUUAUUCCACCCCGUUCGCCUACGUUUGGUGGAAUCUGGGAGGCCUGUGUUAAGUCUGUCAAGACCUUACUCCGUAAAAUUCUCGGAAAUGCUCAUCUAACUGAAUCUGAACUGCAAACAGCGUUAGUUCAAGUGGAAGCCAUGUUAAACUCUCGCCCAAUCACUCCGAUGUCGGACAAUCCCUCUGAUGAAAUGGCUCUUACUCCGGGACACUUUCUGAUCGGCCGUUCUCUUAAUUCGAUCCCAGAUCCCGAUUAUCAAGAACUUCCCGAGACGCGACUCUCUCGUUGGGAAAGAGUACAACAGAUAUCUCAACAUUUCUGGUCUCGUUGGCACAAGGAGUAUCUUGCAACGUUACAAAACCGUUAUCGCUGGACUCAAGCCACAGAUAAUUUAGUUGUUGGAUCCAUCGUCGUCUUAAAGGAUGAAAGAAACCCUCCACAGAGAUGGCCCCUGGGACGUGUACUCAGCGUCCAUCCAGGACCAGACGAGCUGGUUCGCGUCGCAACCGUCAAAUGUGGCCUCGGCAUCGUUAAACGAGCAAUUUCAAAGUUGUGCCUGCUGCCAGUUGAAAUUGAUCCGUCCACUAUAAUACAAAGCGGAUCUCUGUCCAGUAAUUCCACCGCCACCACGCCAGAGGAAGGUCCUUGCUUAGGGAACAGAGCCGCCGGACACGGUCCCGGCCCCUACUCGGGGUAA